CGGAAGCGGAAACCAAGCCGGCGCAGGCGGGAGAAGGGAGAGGAGUGACUUCCGUUUGUCGGAAGUCGCCCCUCCCCCUUCCUUCGCUUCUCUUUCUGGGGAUUGGUUCCUGGGGCUCAGGACCCGCCUCCUCCGGCCACGCCUCCCGCGGCCGCUUUUCCCGCCUCCGCCGGCGCAGAGCUGCGGCGGGUGACAGUUGAGGAUGGCCGGAGCGGAGGGUGCCGCCGCCGGGCGGCCGUCGGAGCUGGAGCCCGUGGUGUCGCUGGUGGACGUCCUGGAGGAGGACGAGGAGCUGGAGAACGAGGCGUGCGCUGUCCUGGGGGGCAGCGACUCCGAGAAAUGCUCCUACUCGCAGGGCUCCGUAAAGAGACAAGCACUAUAUGCCUGUGGUACCUGCACCCCCAAGGGAGAAGAACCAGCAGGGAUUUGCCUAGCUUGCAGUUAUGAAUGUCAUGGAAGUCAUAAACUAUUUGAACUAUAUACAAAAAGAAAUUUUCAUUGUGAUUGUGGAAACAGCAAGUUUAAGAAUCUGGAAUGCAAAUUAUUUCCUGACAAAGCAAAGAUAAAUUCUGGCAAUAAGUAUAAUGACAACUUUUUUGGAUUGUAUUGCAUUUGUAAGAGACCUUAUCCUGAUCCUGAAGACGAGAUUCCAGAUGAGAUGAUCCAGUGCAUAGUGUGUGAAGACUGGUUCCAUGGAAGGCAUCUUGGUGCCACGCCCCCGGAGAGUGGGGAUUUCCAGGAGAUGGUGUGCCAGGCCUGCAUGAAGCGCUGCUCUUUCCUGUGGGCGUACGCUGCACAGUGGGCAGUAACCAAAGUACCUGCUGAGGAUGAUGGGUUGGCUGUGAAUGUUGAUGGAAUAGGUGAUGAGGAAGUUAUCAAACCUGAAAAUGGAGAGCAUCGCGACAGUCCCCUCAAAGAGGAUGUUCCAGAACAUGCAAAGGAUGCUGUCAAGGCAGUUAAAGCAGAGCAGACGAACGAACCGUGUGCCAGCUCUAGUUCUGAAUCUGAUCUCCAGACAGUAUUUAAGAAUCAACAUCUCAACCCAGAAUCACAGUCUGGCUGCAAAUAUCAGGAGCUUAAAGCUAAGCAUUUUAUAAAGAAAGAUACUGCCACCUUCUGGCCCCUGAACUGGCGUAGCAAGUUGUGUACCUGCAAAGACUGUAUGAAAAUGUAUGGCGAUCUAGAUGUCCUGUUCCUGACAGAUGAAUAUGACACAGUUCUGGCUUAUGAAAACAAGGGCAAGGUUGACCAGGCGGCUGACAGGACAGAUCCUUUAAUGGACACCCUGAACAGCAUGAACAGAGUCCAGCAAGUGGAACUCAUUUGUGAAUAUAAUGACUUGAAGACUGAACUUAAAGACUACCUGAAGAGAUUUGCUGAUGAAGGCACGGUUGUAAAGAGAGAGGACAUCCAGCAGUUCUUUGAAGAGUUUCAGUCCAAGAAGAGAAGAAGAGUGGACGGGAUGCAGUAUUAUUGCAGCUAGAGUGGAGUACGGCGCCUUCCCAGCCAGGCGGUGGAAAUGCCACUCACUGAUCCAGGAAUAAAAGAGGCAUAUUUCACAAUUGCUCCUCUUCCAGCUUCUCUUUGGAGAGGCCUCCUCCUCUGACCUUGAGCUUCCUUCACUCUCCUUAACUGCGGUAGCCACAGUGUUUAUGCUGAUUUCACAACCAGCAUUCUUUCUGACUCAGCUAAAAGCAACUCAUUCCACAGACUUCAGCCCCCUCCCCCCAGGCUAUCCAGGGUUAUUUGCUUAUAAGUUUUAAGAAGUUUGAUUUGGUUUUGAAAAAGUAAACUAGUUUCUUUUCUAAUUUUUUGGUCUUUAACUCCCAAACGUGUCUACUCCGCCACAGAGCUGUUGUCUUCCAGGACCUGCUUUGGAGGCAUCUUCCUGCAGCUGGAACCUCUCUAAGUCCCCUCACCCCUAUGAUCGUGGUGCCUUGGGUCAAAGCUUCCUCAAGCCCGGUCUGCUCGUCCUCCCACAGCCCUCCUUUCUGAGGUUUGGGCACAGCUUACAAGCGAUCUCACAACUUGAUUCCUCUGGGCUCAACCCCUGGAGUGGCCAGGAUUGGUGGUUUUGUGGCCUGUUUUAGGCAGGGAGAUUAGCUAAUGGCAGGAUUGAGGAAGCCACCCUUUGAUAGGAAUGUCAUUCACAAUUCUGCUGGUACUAGCAUGUUAGACUUUCAGAACUGUGGUGCUCACAGGGCUUCCUGGAGAACACAUGCCACAUCGUAGUCCCUCCUGCUGUCUAGAAACCAGACCGGGCUCUCCUGCGAAAUCUCGGCGGUUUACAAAGUCCUCUGGAUUUCUUUAUAUUAUCAGGGAUAUUCAUAAGCAUAUAUUAAAAACAAACCUAUUUUGAUAUUGUUCUGUUGUGAAAAUGUUAUUAGAACCCUAAUAAAUUAUUUCCCCCCCUUAAAUUGUGCUGAAGGAAAAGAUACUGGCUUAGCUUACCCGUGAGCAGGGCGGCGAGAGCCGUUGUGGAAGAGGCAGACUCCUAGGCUGCGCGGAUGAUGAGCUUUAUGUAUAUAAGUAUUAAUGCCCACAACUGGCUCCCUGAUGACUCAGAUCUUUUUAAGAACCUCAAGGAAUGUUGCAUAAAACCCCAUAUUUGAAGGGAGGUUCUUUCAGUUUGUUUGAAAUCUCUUUAAAACCCGUCAGUCUAUGGGAAACACCCUUUAUAAAUGGAGUUGUUCCCUCUGGAGCAGGGCUGGGGAACGUUGGGCCUGGCAGUCUAAGGCCCAUGGAACUUAACCCAUUAGGGGUAAGCUAAUUAAAUGUUUGACCACAUACAACAGGCUGGUUUUUAGGUUGAUAAUUUUGUAUGGCCCGUGAAUAAUGUUACAAAUAUCCAAGUGGCCCUGGGCGGGAAAAAGGUUCCUGACCCCUGCUCUGGAGGAACAAGGUCUGUCCUGACAAUAGACAAACUGAGUUACGUGACUACAAGCAUUUGAGACUUUGGGGCCACAAGUGUUAAUAACAUCCCUUGGUGUGUGCAGCAGCCUUGUAGACAAGUGCCUGCUGAUCCCUGUGUGAGGUGAGAUCUACAGCAAGUCAAGGCCUCAAAAGAAACGAUCCGUCCCAUGUUUCUCUGCAGCACACCGUUACAGAUCCUCGUGAAGAGUGAUGUGUGAGCUGGAGGUCUCACGGCCACAGGUGCUGUGUGCCCAGGGCUGCCUUGUAGGGAAAGGAAAAGGCUAGGUUGGAAAGCUCAGGGCGUCUUUGAGUUUGUUUACAACCUCCAACUUGGGAGCUCUUCCAAGUCAGGAUAUCUGCGCCCUCUCUGCAAGGCUGCACAGGUAGUGGGCCAUUGUGGCCUGCAAGUUUGUGUCUUCUCAAAUGUGUAACUACCAGAAUGUUCCUUCUUAGGACAGGUCAGGACCAGGUCUGAUGUGACGCGUUACAUCGCCACACAAUACAAAUCCCCCAGUGCUGAAGGGCUUGUUUUCUGAAGGCACUGUCCCUUCUACACUAACCAGGACACCUCCUUUUAUACUGCUGUUCAUAGCUAGUUUUCUUAUUGCACUGGACCGUCUCCUCUUGUGGAGACUGAUUUUGGCCUACAUGUGGCAGUUAAUGCAUGUUUUAUGCAAAAGAAGACUAUGAUAUUGUUGCUUUGAAGGACUUCCAGCAUUGUAUGUCCACUUUUGUAGAAUUGCUACUGGACUUAUAACUACGUACUAAACUCCAAUCAGGUUUCUGUAAGACUGAAUAAAACCAAUUCAAAAUA